GCCGCAGACCCGGGACCCGGAGCAGCUCGGAGGCAGUGAAUAAUAGCUCUUCAAGUCUGCAAUAAAAAAUGGCCUCCAAUAAAACUACAUUGCAAAAAAUGGGAAAGAAACAGAAUGGAAAGAGUAAAAAAGUAGAAGAGGCAGAGCCUGAAGAAUUUGUGGUGGAAAAAGUACUGGACCGACAUGUAGUGAAUGGGAAGGUGGAGUAUUUCCUGAAAUGGAAGGGUUUUACAGAUGCUGACAAUACUUGGGAACCUGAAGAAAAUCUAGAUUGUCUAGAGUUAAUUGAAGCGUUUCUUAACUCUCAAAAAGCUGGUAAAGAAAAAGAGGGUACAAAAAGAAAAUCUUUAUCUGAGAGUGAAUCUGAUGAUAGCAAAUCAAAGAAGAAAAGAGAUGCUGCUGAUAAACCAAGAGGCUUUGCCAGAGGUCUUGAUCCUGAACAAAUAAUUGGUGCCACAGACAGCACUGGAGAAUUAAUGUUUCUCAUGAAAUGGAAAGAUUCAGAUGAGGCAGACUUGGUGCUGGCAAAAGAGGCAAACAUGAAGUGUCCUCAAAUUGUAACUGCUUUUUAUGAAGAGAGACUAACUUGGCAUUCUUGUCCAGAAGAUGAAGCUCAAUAAUUGUUUGCAUUGCUUUAUAUAUAUAUAUUUAUAAAUAUAUAUAUAUAUAUAAAAUCUGGGCCUUUGUUUUUUGAUUUAUUAGUGUGAAGAAAUAACAUUCUAAUGAAAAUCAAGUUUGAUAUGUUUGUUUUGAAGUAGUAUCGGGGGAGUUGUUGGGGUUUUGCAUCUAUAGCACUGGUUACUUUAAGCAAAUAAAAGCUUUCUGUAGUUGCUUCCUUUAUCAGAAAAGAAUAUUUGAGACCAUGAUAUAUUAUCCCCUUGCAUUAGAGAACCUUUUCUAAAUGUUGGGGGAAAUCUUCAUAGUCUUUACUCAGUCAGUCAGAAUUUGUGUUUAACUCCUAUAUACCUAAGGACCAUUCUGGGUUUUUUGUUUAUUUAGGGGUUUUUUUGUGUGUAUACUUAAAAUACAUACAUAAGUGGUUUUUGUUUUUAACAUUCACCAAAACAAAAACAGCAUUUUAUAACCAUGGAUAAGCCCAUGUUUCCGGGAUUCUAUCAUUUUCAGCAUUUUAAGAGAUAAAUCACUUAA